AGAGCUGCACGUCCUUUAUAAGGUAACCCGCUCCCCCUUAUCGGCACUCCUCUACAGUUCUGGCACCCGUCAACAUAUCAGCUCCAGUGCCGUGCCGUGCAGUUCAGUUAGUGCUUUCUUUUCCAGCUACCGCAAACAACGCCGAAACAUGAUUUGUCAGACGGCAGCUAGCGUUGUUCUAGUUGCAUUUGUGACGGUGAUCAGCGGCCACCCGUACGCACAUCCGCACGCAUUCGCCUACCCAUACGCACACAUCCCCGCAUACCAGCAACAGCAUCAGCAGCGUCAGUUCUACUACCCGGCCGCACCGCAGGCCGCAUUGCCAUUCCAGCAGCAGUUUCCAUUUGCGGCGCCACCUACCCACACCAACUAUGUCUACCUGGCCGCACCACCCCAGCAGGCACAUGCCCAGCAGCCCGCCAGGCUUGUCUCAGCAGUGCCAUCAGCUCUGAGGUACCAGCCGACAGUGGCAUCGACGGCAGUGAACGGUCAGUACGUGGUGGUAUACCCGGGGCAGGCGGCGGCCACCCUUCCAGGAGCAGGCAACACAGCCACCGUCGUACUGGUCAGCCGGCAAGGGGAAGGAGGUGAGGGUGGGGCAGGGGUCGGAGGGGAGGGAGAGGGACCUGGAUGGACCGACUUUUUCGGACAGAUUGGAGAGUACUUCUCCUGGCCAUUUGCACCCACACCACCUGAAUCACUGCCCGUUGAAAACCCAGAUGCAGGUUCAUCAGUUUCACCAGCAAAUCCAGAGAAGGUGCAAGCGUCCAAUUUGAAGAAACAGCCAGAGGCGAUGAGCGAAAAGGAGGUGAACGCGAACACAGUGGCCGCAGCUCCCCAGCAGAAAUUCGUGGUCGUCGGUCAGCCUCAGUUCUUCGGUCAUUACGCCGCCCUGCAAAAGGCCAAUCCUGUCAGUCUACCCACUGCCACAAAUGGUGCCAUCUCCAGCUUCCUCCUGCUCAGAAAUGGGGCUAAUGCUCAACAGAUUGCCGAUGAGCCAGUGGUUUCAGCCGAUGGUCCAGGCAGUGCCGCCCUCGCCUACCACAAACUGCUGGUUUUGUCGAAGCAGCAGAAAGACAGAGAGAGGAUGACAGCCGCGGCUGAGAGUGCGUCGGUGACAGUCGAUGCCAAGGACACAGCCUCCAACUCAUCAUCAGCUGAAUCAGGAAACGAGGAGUCAGAGAAUGUCGAAUCAUCAGAACAUGAAGAAGUGGGACCAUCAAUCGCCCAAGCCAAGCCGCAAGCAAUCUCCCUGGCCGGUCCCGGAGGGGUCGCAGCCGCCGCCCCCGUGGGAACCGCCCUCGUUGGCCCCGGGGGCAUGGCCCUCAGCGCCCCCCAUGCCACCGCUGUCGCCGGCCCCACCCAGGGCGCGCCCAUCUCAAUUGCCCCCGCUAACAAGGCCGCCAAAACCUACUUCCUCGCCAAGCAGAACCCUCAGUACCUCUACCAGUUCAAGCCUUGAACAGAGCUCUCAAGGAGACUGUUCUCCCGGAGAGUGUACGAUGUCGCAUUGUACAAGACUGUACUAUAUCAUCACAACACACUUGGAAUGACGUGAUAGUGUCACAAGAACUCUUCAUUCAAUUUGGCAACAUGAAAAAUGAUGAGGGAGUGUUAUUAAAAACUCUUGAUUCAAUUUGGCAACAUGUUUGAAAUAGAUCACAAAUCUCAAAUAAGUGGUCAGUAACCUGCAAAGUGAAAAGACGUUCUAUAGUGUUUUAAAUAAUUGUAAUUAAAUUAUUCAUAUUUGUGAAAAGACUGAUUGGUACGCACUUCGUACAGAAAUAAUUCAAAUGUACGAUAACUUCUUGUUUGAAUACCUUUAUGAUAAUUAUUGGAACGAAAUUGCAUAACCAAGCCUUUAAAUGAAUUCUUGUAGGUAACUUCCAAUCAUUUCAAUUAAAAAUAUGUAGGCUAGUAAAUAAUAAUAAUGUUAUCAAAUAUUCAAAAAAUGAUCUUCAUAGAAAAUGUUGUUACGUCAAAAUUGAUGUUUGAAAUCUCAUGGAUCAGAAUCAUUAUUGGCUAUGUUUUUCUAAUCACAACCAAGUAUAGUGGAGAGACUCUCAUGAUCUUAAAAUCAGAGAGACAAGCCGCUUUGAGUUGUAGAGUACUUUCAAUAAAAACUUGUUUGAUUCUUCAACUUUUUCAUGAGUUGAAUAUUGCAGUUUCUCUUCGAGCAGAAUAUUUAAUAGAUCAUAUUAAUGGAUCUAUAAUAGAUAUAUCUAAACUGUUCAUAUUUAAUAGAUUCAAUUGUUGUCUCAUUUAUAACUUUCUUUAGAGUACUGUUUUACCGGCUUUACUUGGAAAACUACAGUCAACUUCAAAGAGGUACCGGUAGUUUAGAUUCUUUCUCUCCUGAGAUUCGGCGAUUUUCUAGAACUUCUCCAUGUCUGAUUACGGUCGACAUGACUAUUGAUUAUUAUGGAUCAUGAAAUCUUGUUAUUUUCACAAAACUAUUCAUUUGGAGAAUCAAUUAGCAGUUUGCAGUGAAAAUAAUAACAUUUGAUGAUAAAGUCUACAGUAUCAACUUAUUAUUGAUGUAAGGUACUGUAUGAGAACAACACUGAAUUUAUAUUAUAAUAAAAAAUAUUCAAAAA